CACUCGCUGCCAUCCGGGCCAACAACAGGCAGCAGCAGCACGAGUUACGGCUGCAGUUGUGGCAACAAAGCAGGAUCGGCAUCAUCUAGUCGGUCGGAACGAUCGAAGACCGGUGUGGCUCACAGUCACCAUAGCACCCAUCAUCACCAGCACCACCAACACCAUCACCACCAGCCACACGCGCCUCCGUCGCAUUCGACCAUUAGCAGCAGCAUCCGGAAGGAGUUGGCAUCGUACGAGAACCCGUACCAGUUGCAGUGCGAUGUGCCGGGUAAGAAGAAACCGACCAAGCGCAACGCUAGCACCGAGAGCCUCGAUCUGUUCGCCAACGGUGCCGAUCAGCAGUGUACCUGCGGGCUCUACUCCCCGUCGGCGGUUGAUGGUGGACGGCGCCGUUGUGGCAAGUGCAGCCCCCCGGACGCUGCCGGCCGAGCAGCGCUGGCACCGGCGACGGGCCAGAAGAAGCACAACUCGUCCAAGUUCAAGGACGCCUCGACGAGCCCCAAAUCGAACAGCCCGCUCAAGACGGAAGCGACGUGCCGCAGCCCGAAGAUGGAAGCCUCCACCGACACCAAGUUCGACUUUAACUGCUCGCCGAAAACGGAAAGCCACUACCGGCGGCUGUCCACGCUGAGCAUCAAUUCGGGCAGUGCCGCCGGCAGCAGGCACGUGGCGACGAGCCCGAUGAAGCACGCGCCCAGCCCGAAGGUGAGCCCGCAGAAGUUGACACCGCAGAAAACGCCCGACCAUCAACAGCAGCGGACGCUAGAAAAGUCAAACUCGCUGGGGGACAGCAAACCGCCACGGUUGCUGCGUAACACCCGCAGUCUUUCGCCGCGCCCUCCCGUGCGCCACCAGCACUCGAUAAUGGUGUCGGACGAGAACGACAUCAUUUCGGUGAAGCUGUCACCGAACGAGGAGUUCGAGGAUGAUGGAAGCACCCGGAAGGUGCCGCCACCGCAGAAAGACAGCGGCGGCGUGUAUGGCAAGGACGCGAAAAGUGAUCCACCGUCGAUGGCAUCGGAAGCUGGCGCUGGCAGUAGCUUGCAGUUGAACGCCAACAGUAGCACCAACCGAAGCACCAGCUGCCUCGUGUACGUCCCUUCAGAUCCCUGGACGAGGAUGUCGGCCAGCAACUCGUCGUCACCGGCCUCCAAGCAGGAGAAAUCGAAGACGCUCGACAACAGUGGCAAAUCGUAUGGCAAAGGAUCGUCGCGCUUCGACUGCAUGAUGAAACAAACCGACCCGUGGGUUUGGCGUUCGAAUGUAAACCUGCCGGCGAGUGGUGGUGGUGGUGGUGGAAGCAAGGGAACCGGAAGGAAACGGAACGUUCUAACGCAUCAAACCAAAUCACUCACCGCCAGCAGCAGCACCACCAACACCAGCAGGGACGAUUGCGAGCUGCCAUCGUUGAAGCUCUGCCAACAGCAAUCGCUCGGUCGGAUCGAGAAGACGCUCACCAUUCCGGGGGUGGACGGGACGGUUCCGGGAUUUAAUGCGCGCAAGAAGAUAACCCGCCCGAAGCUGCAGCGCUCCAAGUCACCCUCGUUCUAUGAGGAUUUCUUCCAGCAGCCUCCGUCCGGUGGAUCCGGCGAUUCGAACAAGUCGCCCUCAUCGAUAGCGGCCAAAGGCAAGUCGCCCGUUCCCCCGCCGUCGAAGAUGGAGAAGAACGCAUCCAACUCGACGCUGAAUGGACACGCCAAUAACAACAAUAACAACAACAACAACGGCACCAGUACGAGCAACAGCGGUAGCUUCAGCAGCUACAACGGAAGCGGUUCGCCGACGGCAAGAAAGCAACCGUCUCCGAAACUGAGCUUCCUUUCGUCCACGCCGCAAUCACCGGGGAAGAAGCUCAACCAUCAUCAUCACCAGGCGGGCGGUGGUGUAACGUCCGAUCCGAUGGCGAAGGCCUCCCUCAACCUCCUGGCCCCGAACCAUCUGCAGCCGCGCCACAGCUUCUCGACGCCCUCGCAGAAGGACGACGAGCUGCAGCUGAACAUACGCCGGCUGAGCGAGCAGAUGAACAAGUACAGCCACUCGGCCGGCUUUCCGUCACCGCCGGCUUUCCUCAACGAUACGAUCCAGCAGCAACAGCACCAGCACCAACAGUCGUCCGGUGUGCCCGGGGGCAAUAAAAAGAUGGGCGGAAGCGGCAGCAGCCUCGGCGUGGGCUCGAUCGGUGGAAGCAUCGGUGGACUUGGCGAGGCGUCCCAGCGCAAGACGGCUUCCCAUUCGAAGAUAAACGAGCCGAUCCUUGAAACGCGCUGCUAACUCCACGCCGUUGCUGUGCCCUUAGUUAGGCCAAACGGAAUAAAUCGAAGCUUCCCGGGCAGGGAAAUGCGGUAGUAUAUCGAACCAGGGAACGGAAUUGGAAUGAAUUGAUAUACACAGUACUCGUUGCUUCUGCUCCGAAGAAGUUUCCGUUUCUUAACUUUACGGCAUUAGGAAUUUUAAGAACUACUAACGGUCAGUUUCCAAUUUAACUGUUGAUAAGAAGCAAGUGUCGGAAUCGACGGACGGGAAACAAUCAUUAUAUCAGUGAGGACACGUGGAAACAAGCGAUGCCCGGCAGGGACAUCUUGCACGCGAUGCAUCCGCAGAUCGGAUGGUAUAAGUAAUAUCAUUACUAGAUGGUGUUCUUAUUUUUGUUUUCAUUUUUUAGAUCGUAAUCUGGCAAUUAAGACAAAACAAAAGUAGUAAAAUUUAAAAACGAACGUACGAUCAAAGGAUAGGUUAAACGUUACAUGGCGUGAAAUAGUGCGACAAUUACGGACGAACCAGGCAGCAAACCUGACUUUAUUACAUCGUAAGUAACGUACAGAAAAAUGACACACUACUUGCCACGGAUCGAUAGUGCAAUGCUAUGCCAUUUAACGUACAAGUGCCAACAUAACCGGCCGGGUUUGGGAAGAGGGCAAGUUCCGCGGAUUGAUUAGGGACAGUAAACGAUACGGAACCAGUUGGAAAGGGGAAAGCACCUUAAAACUUACGCGGUGUGCAAUAACGACUUUGUGGAAAUGGACGUGUUAUUUACUUUACACAGAUUGCAUAUGUAUACAUAUUCUAAAUAGCGGCUUCCUGCCGGGGGGAAACCGUUCAGUAAAUGCGAUUUGAUGGAGGCUAGAAGAAUACUUACAGUAUUAGAUGGGUCGGACGCCAGCUGGACGAUACUUUGUGACACGAUUAAACACUUAACGACACUCGGUGUAGAGGAAAAUGUUCUCUAUGUUUACUGUUUGCAACAUUUGUUUCACUUUCCGGUUUGGCUUUGAUCGAACAUCAUGACAGAAAAAACAAACGAAUAAUCACAAGUAUACCACGGUUCUCAUGGCCUUCAACGUAAUUAGUUUAGUUUGAAUUUAUUGUUUUCUUGAGCGCUAGUGACUUUACUAUUCCCCGAACUGCAGGUGGCGGAAAUCAUGGAGUUGAUUAGUUAAAAAGUAACGAUUUAUGGAGAAAAAACUACUGUAAAUCCUUGUGCCAUAUCCUUGUGGUUGGGAGUACAAUUUCGUUCGGGACAAUGAUGAAUCCCCUGGGGGUAUGGACGUGAAAGGCACAUCGAUUGAUCAACCGCUACGGUAAAUGCUGCAUUCUCAACUAGCUAGCAAAUGAAUUAACGUUAAGAAUACAAGAAAAACAAUACACCUCUCGGCCGAUUUCGUGGUAUUAUCGUGCUCCCGUGGAGGGCGCAUGUUUUGUCGAACCUAAAACUGCCAUGAACAGCAAAAUAGUUCACGAUCUGCGUUAACACAAAUGCCCCCACCCCCGUACCUCGUGCAUAAUACAACAUGAUCUAUCGCUUCUGGGAAAGGAGGCCCAACUUUUACCUUGGACUUUGGAAAAGAUUUGAUUGUUGUAAAUACAUGGCAGCUCACUUGUGUACCGUAACUACUUAACUUAACCACCAUUCGACCAUACGCGCAGACUUAACUGCUGUAUCAGCGGUUGCCAGUUUUCGGCGAGUUCUACGCAACGCACGGGACAACCGAUGUUUCAUCCGGACCGAUCGAAACUAACUGUAAAGCUGGAACCAAAACCACUAAUCCUCGGUACGCUCCCUUCUCUCAUACCUCGGCGUGCUGUACCAGUAAUUCUCUUUUACUUGGAAUCCCUUGUCUAUUGUUCUACCGAAUAACAGCCAAAAUGCAUUGAUAACAGUCGGACGGACCGGCGAGGGACGGGGGGCGACAAAGCAAAGACUUACCCGGUUCCAUUCCCGUUUUUCUCUAGCCGAAGCAUCCGGGUCAUUGUACCAAUUCUUUAAUCCUCUAGCGAGGAAAAGGAAAUAGUGAGUAAAACACUAUUCCAUCAUCAUGAUAACUAAUAAAAU